GGCAACCUGUUUGGCGUCACUGGUCUCUACGCUCGGAGAGAUUCAUGACGUCGCGCAUGUACUCGAAGCCAGUACGGAGUGGCGGACUCUCGCAGCAUUUACAUUCAUGGAAAAUGAAGUAAAUGUUCGGCCCAAUCUCAAUGGGUUGUAAAUGCUGGAGGUUUCGCAGGGCUGGGCCAGAGGAACAGACGACCGAGCCUCUCUGCUAACGUUACACACAGCGUCGGCCACCAUCAUGGCUGAGGAUGAAAGUGAGUGGAUUGUGGAGAGCAUCGUCGGCUAUCUGGGUAGUCCGGAAUGGGUCAUUCCUGUCACUGACUUUAUGGAGCACAAAUGCACGGUUUUUGAUGAUGAAGAUGAAAAUAAGUUGUCAUACACAGAAAUCCACCAGCAGUAUAAGACGUUGGUGGAAAGGCUGUUGGAGAAUUACAUGCGGGAGGUUGGCAUCAGCGAACGGCAGUUUCUGGACGCAUGCAGCUCACCAUUUGCCAAGUCCAAAACUCUGCAGACAGUGUUCCAGCCUGUUCUGGCUACAGACGACUUCCAGAUGUUUCGCUCGCUUAUGGUUCAGAAGAAUUUAGAGCUGCAGCUUCAAGCUCUCAGGGUCAUAAAAGAAAGAAACGGGGCCCUUCCAGAGUGUUUGACGGAUGGUGUGGAUGUGAUGACAGAGUUGCAGCAGCAGGAAAUGAAAAUCCUUGAGGAGGUUCUCAAAAAGUCCAAAGAAGAGUAUGAAUUGGAAAUGUCCAGGAGGCGGCUAUUAGAGGAAGAGGUUGGUUCCACUUCCAGCACCUGUUCUGAUAAAGCAGUGGGUGAACAUGAUGAAGACAAGAGCCCCACAUCCGCUCACAGCCAAAGGGGCAGCGCCUCCAAGAUCACCAGCAGUCCUGCCAGAGACGACAGUAAGGAAACCGAAAAGAAAAGUGCAGCUAAGAGCAGCUCUGCUUCCAAGCCUACAUCAGAUUGUGGCAGUAACAGUGCACAGCCCAGAGUGCUUCCAGCAGUCAGAGUUCCAGGAAGGUCUAGUGAGCCCUCCAGCACUAACGGCACUCACGCUGUAGAGCCAAGCGGCGGCCCAUCUGCAGCUGAGGCUUACCUGGAGGAGGCAUGCAGGGAAGCUGGCUUCUCUAAUGGAUACACGGAGUUAUCAGCAUUGCAGCAGGAGCAGCUCCAGCAGAGGGCAGCAUAUCUGCGUCAGCAACGGGACAAGCUGCAGGCUUUGAAAAAAGACCUGCAGAAACCCAAUCAGACGACCUCACAAGAAGAAACGCCAACCAGCUCCACGCCAUCUCCCACUCCGGAGGCAGUCGGGCAGUCCCAGAGGAACGGGACCAGUUCUCUUCCUCCUAUUGCUUCUUCUCCUCCUCCUUCUCCUCCUCCACCACAACUAUCUGCUAACUCCUCCAAGCAGAAGGAGCUGUCUGCAGAGGAGAGGAAAAGGCUGCAGAAAAGAAAACACCUGGCUGACAAGCUGAAAGACGAAGUCAUUAAAAAAUAAUCCCUCACAAUGCAAAACCUCCCAAAAAAAUGUCCUCCAGUAAUCAAUCACUUCCCUCACAGACCUACAGAGUACCUCACCUGCUGAUCUUUUUUUUUUUUACUCAAGACUUUAAGAAGCCAAUCAUCAUGUCUGUUCAGUUUUUUCAUCCGUGUCUUUAGUACAAAAAUGUAUAUAUUGUAAAAUACAUAUUAUUUGUAAGAUAUAGAUCCCAUAUAAAUGUAGGAAAAAGGACAGUGGCCCAUUAAGCAGCUGACUUUUGUUCCCUAAAACACCAAAUUUACCAGUGCAAGUGAAUAUUUUUAUAUUUUUGUCUUUAAAAAUACCUUUUAGUUAAAGUACCUUUUAAGUAUUGCGAUUUGAAAAAAGCAAUAGACUUAUGAUUAAUUCACUUGUGUAAAUUUUGCAGUUGGCAAUGCACAUUUCUUCUCACUCACAGAUGACAUAGAGCACAUCUGGCCUGGGUGUCGAUAAGUUCUCCAGUACCAAUGACCUGGACCUGUUCCCAGCCUUGUUUUCCUUGUUUGCAUCUUUAAAGGAAGUCUUUUUGUAAUGGAGCUGAGGGAACAGAGCUGCUUUUCAUGAGCAUUGUACCAUUUACCUUCAAAGCCAUUGGGAGUCUGUACUUGAUGCAGCUCCAUUUUGACUAGUAGUGAUACUUUAUGAUUCAAUAAAUUCACCUGUUUUUUUAUGAUUUGGAAUCCAUGCAGUUGGUGUAAAGAGCUGGUGGUAGUGGUGUACAACUUGCUAGAUGAAGUACUUUCAAAAUGUUUUUAAUCUCAAAAUAUACCAAAUAUACAAAUGUUUAAGAUGGGUAGAGGGAUUGAUGCACUUGAUACAAGUUUUAGAGGAAAAUUGGUCAUAAAUUCAACAGACAGGAAGACACAAAGUGACAGUUUUCCUUGAGAACAAACCCCUUUUGUUUUAGGUUUUGAACUAAUUCACAGGAAAAACAAAAACAAAGUUACUUAAAUGUUGGGUUUCUUUUGAAAGCUCUAGAAACAAAAAUAGAAGUUAUAUAGAAAAAUGUUGCUACAUGAAGCCUGUUAUUUACUGCAGUUGCAGACACCAAUUCAUCUCUCAAGUCUGUUUAUAACACAGGACUACCAAGGCUUUUCCUCCUUUUUUUUAAUAUCAGAACUUUAAAUUUAAACAAAGGAGUCUCAUGGUAGCAAUUUCUAAUUUCAAAACUAAAAUAUGGUCAUUUAGCCAAACAGAGCAAAUAUUUUAAUUGAGUUACUGCACAGAUGUUUGCUUAUCUCUAAAUUAAUAUUUCAACCUGAAAUUGAGUCUGAUAAAACCAAGGUUAUUUAUCAUCUACCUGGAGGAAAAGAACAGCUGAAGUCUGCCACCAGGUGAACAUUGAAUGUGGAGCAAAAAGAGCUAAUUCAACAAAGUCAAACUUCAGACACCUUUAGAAUGUUGCAAAAGUGACUUUACUGUAAGUUUUAAUGUUAUUUUUUCAAAACCAGCAUUUGCAACCUUUCUGUAUUUUACAUUAAAUCAAAAAAAAAAAAAAA